GUUGCGCAGCGAUCUGCGUUAGAGAUCUUUCGAAGCCCGAAAGAAGACAUUCUCUCUGAGUCUCUUGUCAUGGAUUGGAGCUACCAAGUAAGGAACUGGAAUAUAUGAUGCUGGAAACUUACAGAAGGGACCUGCCAUGACAGAGAGACCUGAAAGACACAUACUCUCCAAUUCUCAACAAAAUGUCUGUGAAGGCAGUUAUGGGUCAUGAAGACCAGUGGAAAGCUCCCUGAGAGAGAGCCAUAGAAAAUGUACACUUCCGAAGAAAGAUGUAAUCCGAGAACUCAGAAAAGGAAAAUAUAUCAUGUGGGCUCUCAGAAGGGUAAAAAGAUUUUCUUACAUGUGCGUGAGAUUUCUCAAGUAGAUGAUCAACUAUCCCAGUGCCUUGAAUGCCAACCAAACUUCCGUAAAAACUUAGCUUUUAUUAUGUGCGAGAGAACCCACACUGGGGAGAAACCUUAUAGAUGUGAUAUGUGUGAGAAAACCUUUCUCCAAAGUACAGAUCUUACUUCACACCAGAGGAUCCACAAUUAUGAGAAACCUUACAAAUGCAGUAAAUGCGAGAAGAGCUUUUGGCAUCACUUAGCCCUUUCAGGACACCAGAGAACACACGCAGGUAAAAAGUUUUAUACGUGUGACAUCUGUGGCAAGAAUUUUGGUCAGAGCUCUGAUUUGCUUGUCCACCAGCGAAGCCAUACAGGCGAGAAACCGUAUCUGUGCAGUGAGUGUGAUAAAUGCUUCAGUCGCAGCACAAAUCUGAUAAGGCACCGGAGAACUCAUACAGGUGAGAAACCAUUUAAGUGUCUGGAGUGUGAGAAAGCUUUCAGUGGGAAAUCAGAUCUUAUUAGCCACCAGCGAACACACACGGGCGAAAGGCCCUACAAAUGUAAUAAGUGUGAGAAGAGUUACCGACACCGCUCAGCCUUCAUUGUACAUAAGAGAGUUCACACUGGGGAGAAGCCCUACAAGUGUGGUGCCUGUGAGAAAUGCUUUGGCCAGAAAUCAGACCUGAUUGUGCACCAGAGAGUCCACACAGGUGAGAAGCCGUACAAGUGCUUGGAGUGCAUGAGGAGUUUUACUCGGAGUGCCAACCUAAUUAGGCACCAGGCAACUCAUACUCACACUUUUAAAUGCCUGGAAUAUGAGAAAAAUUUCAACUGCGGCUCAGAACUUAUUGUGCAUCAAAGAAUUCAUAUGGAGGAGAAACCACAUCAGUGGGCUGCGUGUGAGGGUGGUUUCCUUUUCGGUAUGGAUUUUGUUGCCCAGCAGAAAAUGAGAACUCAGACAGAAGAGCUUCAUUAUAAAUACAGUGUGUGUGAUAAAAGCUUCCACCAGAGCUCAACUCAGCAUCAGACAGUGCAUGUUGGUGACAAACCCUAUAUCUGCAGUGUGGGUGAGAAGGGUCUGGAGCUCAGCGCCCCCCAUGCGUCGGAAACCUCGCAGAUCUCCUGACCAACAAAUUAUGGUACUGUAAAAAUGUAUUCACAUGUCAGAGAGCUAACUAAAAUGAAGAACGUAGGCAAAUCUCUAAUCUUCCUCCGUGCUGAAACCUCAGCAGGGAUCUGAGAGCGUAUGGUUGUAGGUAGUGUAAAACGCCUUGCCCACUAACAGACCGCCGUCUCGACUAGUUGUUGCAAUGAAGAC